AUGGAUCCGAGCCUCUCCGCUUUGCAUGAUUUGCUGCUCCGGAGUCAACACGAGGCCAGGGCCGGCAAGCCGAAUUCAGAGGGGCAAAGCAGUGCCUCCUCUCUUUUCCUUGACAUGCAGACACAGCGCACCUUAGGUGCUCUGCCUUCGACAAGUUGUUUUGGAUCCAAGGGUCUAUCCGCUGAGGCUCAGUGUGCCGGCACUCGGCCGGUGGACCGGGGUUUUCGAGUUUUCGGAUGGAACCUUGGAGGAUGUUCGGCCGACACGCUUUGCGACUUGGUCAAAACGGCUACACGUGAGGCGGUUUUCGACAGUGAUCUUUUUCUUCUACAGGAACUUCCUCGCUCACGCACAGGUUGGGCGACCACCACCACCAAGGAAGGGUACAGGCUUGUGGGUCAUCAGGGUUCUUCACAGUGGCGAGGGACAGGGCUUCUCUAUUCGCCCCUGGCGUGGUCAGUUAUUCGCAGGGUCGCCAAAGGGAAGGGUACCUGGUUCCUGCUGAAGUCUUUGCGAAGUUCGGUUCAAUUCUGGGUUGCAACCUUUCACUUCACUCCUGGGCUUACGGUUCAGAAGCACGAGCAGGAAGUCCUGGAGUUCCUCAAGGGGCGACCUUCGGACGGCAGGCCUGUCCUGUUGCAAGGGGAUUCCAAUGCUCACUUAGGCUGGGUUGCUGGGUCUGGGGCUGUUGAAGCUCUUGGCCUUGAGGGCAAAUCCAUCAUGAUGCUGGACCAGUUUUCGGCAGCGGGAAUUCGGCUUUGCCCUCCGCCGUCACGGCAGUUCCCGACUCCUACCAGCAGGCCCCGACGCGAGGGCUGUGAGGGUCAUCAGAUCGACUUUGGGGCUACAAAAGGGGUUCCUCUCUACAUCCACGAGGACUCUUACAUGCUGCAGGGCACUGACCACGAACUGCUGGAGCUCCGCUUCUGGCUCAGGCUAGCUGCUCAGUGCACACGACCACGCCCCAGUAAGUGCUUCCGGGACCCCCGUGCGGUGAAGGAGGCCUUUCGACGGGCUAAGACGUCUCGUUCCCCUGCUGCUUGGAAAACCGCUCUUCGCCUUCGUAGAGAGGCUCGUCGGUCCUGGGAGAGCGCGAGGAUUCGAAGGGCUACGGAGGGGGACUGGCAGGCUUUCCGAGAUGAGACCCGGGUUCAAGCGACGGGUUGGGACCUCGUCUACGCUGAUGCCCAAGCCUGUGAUCCUCAUCAGUCUGUGCACCAACACCUUACUGAGGUUUACUCCGGGGAUGACCUUCCUCCACUGCCCCCUUUCGUGGGGCCGGUCCAGGCGUUCAGCAUCGAAGAGCUCACCAAGGCGGUCUCGCAGAUACGGAAGGGGAAGUCGGUUGGGGUUGAUCUCACAUCCAGGGAACUGCUGGACGGCAUCCUGCAGACGACUGGGGGCCCUGAGCACCUACUGGAGUUUAUGAAUCGUACAUUGUGUACACAGACUGUGCCCCGAGAUUGGAAUCGGCCCCUUGUCAUCAUGCUCGCCAAGACUGACUCCCCUACUGCUCCGUCGGACCUCAGGCCCAUAGCAGUUGGCUCCUCAGCAGCCAAACUCUUCUCACGCCUCCUCGUCAACCGCAUCGCUCCUAAACUAGCUCCACGGACUCACUCUCAGUGCGCCUCGUCAGGACGACAGACAUGUGACGUGGUUUGUUCGCUGUGGAAGCUCUGCGAGUUAGAACGAGAAUGGAAGGCAGGGUUAGGGGUGGUCAAGGUAGAUGUGCGAAAAGCCUUUGACUCAGUUAAUCGGGCUGCUCUCCUUGCUGCUUUACGCGCCAGACUCGGCGACACAGCCGAAUACCGGUGCUUCCACGCCCUGCUGGUCGACGUGGAGGCCGUCCUCCAGACUUGCUGGGGCUCGAGUCUGUUGGCCAUGAAGUCUGGAAUCAAACAGGGAUCGAUCGAAUCUCCGAUCCUUUUCUCGUUCCUCAUGGAGGUUGCGUUGGAGCAGGCCAGGGUUAAGUCCUCGUGGGAUCAGGGUUCGCACCUUUUCCAUGACAUGUUGGAGGAGGACCUCCUGUAUAUGGAUGAUGGCUACCUCUGGGGGCCUGACUGUCGUACACUCGGAGUUCGCCUCGGGCAGCUAGCAGAGGUUCUACAAGGAUUUGGUCUGACUCUGAACAUCGCCAAGUGUGUCCUCUACUGUUCCCCCUACUGCCCAGGACCACAUAAGCUCCGACUACAUCGCGUCACCUUGGAGGCCUCUGACCACCUCCCGGUGAUGGGCCUGAAGAUGAGGGUAGGGAUGAGCAUGAGUGAACUUAUACAGCCACUCCUGUCCCGGGCCAGGUCCAAAUUUUGGGGCUUGAAGCACUUGUUCCGCUCAAAGACUCAGGCCAAAGGGAGGGUUCAGCUAAUGCAUCGUGUUAUCUCCAACACUGCUCUCUGGUGCAUCGCCGCUCUUCCCCCUGAUCGUCCGGCGCUCGCCCUCGUCAACUCGUUCCAGGCUCUUCUGCUGACGUGGCUUUUGCGGCUUGGAAAACGAGCCGAUGAGGACUGGCCCGCCUUCCGUAAACGAGCGGUGCGAAGUGCCCGGUACUCCCUCCAUGUGGCAGGGUGUCCCCGGUGGAGCACCUGCUGGCUUACUCGGUGGUGGACAUUUGCUGGUCACAGGGUCAGGGCCUCGCAACAACAGUUUCCCCCGAUCUCCACAAUCCUGGAAAUGUUCCGUGACAGGCAAUGGUGGCAGAAGGCCAAAGAUGCAGGGCUGUCCCACCCGGAACGUUUCUUCGCGCGGCUGCACUCUUUGGACAAGGCCAUGGAUACAGUGUGUGGGGGACCGUGGAGGGUUUAUGCUUUGGAUCGUGCAGCUUGGCAAGCUAAACUUUCGACCUGGAUUCAACAGAGGGACUUGCCUUGGGCGACCGAGCGUGUGAUUCCAAUGUGCGAUCGCCACCCCGGCUUUGGAGCCUUCUACAUGUACUUUCUCUUGCCCGCCCUCGGUACGAUUCUGCCCUUCUUCGCCCAGCUCCCAGGUGUGCUCGCGCCAAUCCCGGAUGACUACGGCAACUGGCCGCCGAUCUGGUUCACAGAGGCAACUCUCCGAGGACGAGACCUGGCAGCACGAGGGCUUCGUAUGUCGGAUGCCCUCGCGAUGCUAGCCCGGACUGCCUCCCACCGCAACUUUGCCACCUACACGAACUUCGCAUCCAGAGCGGCUGUGGCUAUUGGGAACACCUUGGAGCUGCCCGUCUCCAACCUGGCGCCUGAGGAGAUCCACCUGGACCUCCGUGUCUGGGUGACCUUUGUGGAGGCCCAUAUCCUUGAGGAGUUCCUGGAGCAUGAGUACCCCUUCCAGCAGGGACUUUACGAAGGUCUCCGCAAUGUGAACCCGAACCUGGCCUCCCUUCCCGCGCCACCGCAGGAGACCAUGCUCCGAGCCCAACGCCGGGAAGAGUUCAACCAACUCCGACGCGAUCCUCCUUUCAUUCGACACCUCCGUGCCUCUACUGGACCGGCUUUCCGAUCUCACUCCCUCAUGCGGCUUGAGUGGGUGGGCCGGUGCGUGGGCGACUUCCACGAUCUCUACCACGCGGGCUACAACCUGCAUGGGGUCUUCGAAGAAAUGGUGGCCUUCAUCAGAGCCAGGGACAAUGGUAGCUAUCGCUCCCUCGCACUCCCCUAUUACAGAGAAGUUCUCAGCCAGCUGGGCACCUUCUUGGGCUCACCGGACUCUUCCAGGCCGCCACAGGCUUCUGAAUGGGUUGCUGACAGGGAGUCGGAGCUCUGGUACCUCUACAACUACCACGGCUUGAAGGCUCGAGAUGUUGAUGUGGACGACAUUUCGGUUGGCAAUGCUUCUUCGUCCAACCGUUCCUGUGCUGAGGAGGCCGCUGAUGAUGUGAGCUCCCUCAUGGAUCGCAAGGGGGUCAACAAGAGAUGGCUCAAGAAUGCACCUACUCGCCGCCGACGAGCACCUUCUCGCCCGCGGACUCCCCACGCCUCUACUACACCCCGCUCUUUGAAUCGCCCCUCGGCACCUACGACCACUGAAAGGGUGAAUCUGUCAGCCAUGGCGAAGCACAAGUGCCGAGGUACACCGAUGCCGGCCACUACCAGGCCGACGCCCAAGGCACGUCCUGCUGCUCGAGCCCCACUGCCUCGGUCGGAGAAACCUACCCACCGAUCCCCGCCUCAGGCCAGCCGGGAACAAGGAGCUUCGAGGGACAUGCCAGCGUCGUCCUCGGAGGCCGCGGGGGCAGGUGGUACUGGACCUGAUGGCCCUCUCACGGUUGAGGAGGCCCUGGACACAUGGUUGCUUCUUUUGGGGGUCCGGGACAUAGACGAGCCCAUCGGCACAGACGUUCUGCCGGAGAGGGUUACGACCGCCAUUCAGAACCUUCCACCAGCAGCAGGUGGAAUGCAGCAGAUGGCGGCUCCUUGUGCAGCUCCCCAGCAGAACCUUCCGCCAGCAGCAGGUGGACCGCAGCAGGCGGCAGCUCCGUGCGCAGUUCCCCAGCAGAACCUUCCGCCACAGCAGGUGACAGCUCCAAGUGCAGUUCCGCAGCAGAACCUUCCGGCAAGUGGACCGCAGCAGGUGGCAGCUCCUUGUGCAGUUCCGCAGCAGAACCUUCUCCUGGCAAGUGUACCACAGCAGCAGGUGAUGACAGCUCCAGGUGCAGUUCCGCAGCAGAACCUUCCAGCAGGUGCGCAGCAGGUGGCAGCUGCAAGUGCAGUUCCCUGGCAGCAGAACCUUCCGGCAAGUGGCCCCCCGCAGCAGACGGCAGCUCCAAGUGCAGUUCCCCCGCAGCAGAACCUUCCGGCAAGUGGCCCCCCUCAGCAGCAGGUGCCAGCUCCAAGUGCAGUGCCCCCGCAGAACCUUCCGGCAAGUGGCCCCCCGCAGCAGGUGGCAGCUCCUAGUGCAGAUCCGCCGCAGAACUUUCCGGCAAGUGGACCGCAGCAGCAGGUGGCAGCUCCUAGUGCAGAUCCGCCGCAGAACUUUCCGGCAAGUGGACCGCAGCAGCAGGUGACAGCUCCGUGUGCAGUUCCGCAGAACCUUCCGCCAGCAAGGACGCUCCUGCAGCAGCCUGGAACUCCCUCCAUUUUGGAGAUGGUGCAAGAGCUUGAAACGCAGAUGGAUCAGGAGGAGCCAAUCAGUGUGAAUGACACGCCCGAACCCCCGCCCCGGCUGAAUCGCAGCGCUGUGUCAACACUGGCUUCGGCUGCUUCCUUUGAUGACACAUCAAAGGACUUGGUUGCACCGGACACGUCAGCAGCACUGCUGGUGAAGGCACCGUCGCCGUCGCCGACUCCCGUGACGGCGAAAGCGAAAAGUGCGGCAAGGACGAAGCCGAAGGCUGCUGCUGUGAAGGAUGAGUAUGCGCUGCCGGAGCUGACCUUGCAGGAGAAGGCGAUGUAUGGCAACUUCUGGUCGCGGUACCGCUCGAGCAGCUCGCUGUCGUUGACCAGUGAUGCGGAUUCCGUCGACUCCGACAUCAGCCAACCUGUGCCGAAGGGGCCGCCGGCAGUACCCCAGCCGAUGCCGUUGCCGACUGUGCCGCUUCAGCAGCAGACGACAGCAGCUGCAGCAGGGCCGACGAGUGAUGCCAUGACGACGAUGCUGGCGACGGUUCUCAGCACGGCGGUGAGCCAUGGUGUUGAUGCAGCGGGGCUUGCGGCCAUUCAGCAGACCAUGGCCAGCAUUGUGGCUGCUGCAAAAGCCCCUGAUGCUGCUGCUGGAGUCGAGGCCGUUGACAAGACGAAGAUCAUCGACUCGCAGCCGGCUUUGCCGCCAAGCCCUUUUUCGACGCCUUUGCCGGCCAGCACAGCAGCAAGCCCUUCGACGCCUUUGCCGCCGGCAAGCACAGCAAGCCCUUCGACGCCUUUGACCGCUGUGACGAAAGCCCCGCCGACAGCAGGACCUGCUCCUUCGACGCCUUUGCCACCGCAGACCGCUGUGACGAAAGCCCCGCCGACGGGACCUGUGGUCAACUCAAGCACCCACAGGACUGAGUACCGCUCGUUCCAACGCUUUUGCGAGAACUCACCGGGAGCAGUGGAGUUGAAGAAGGUGUGGGUGCAGGGCGGACCGCAGCGCUUGGCAAUGUUCCAGAAGUUUGUUCUGACAGGCUGUGGUAACCCUGCGGCUUUGGAAUGUGCCCUCCAGUUCCGCCGGCAGAGCGAGGAGGAGAGCAAAGACGAAGGUGAAUAUUAUUGCUGGCGUGAUAUACUCGCCUUUCACGAGGGCAACGAACAGAAGGCCUUAUCCUUCAUUGCAAGACGCAGAGCAGAGCCCAAAGGGACCAGUUGCGAUCGGAAUGAUCCUGAUAUGGAGACAUUUCUAUAUUACGGCCGCCAGCGACGGACCCUGACGGUUCGUACGAUCGACGAAAUCGCAAUCAGCAUGGGCGUCUGCCCGAACUUCGCCACGUCCGUGGCGGCACAGCUGGACUCCAUGAACGGCGCCCUGCCAGUUGCUGAUGGGGCUACUUCUUCGGUGAACCCGCCAGUGCCGGCCCCCGGCAAGGCGGCUCCAAAGGGAAAAGGCAGUGCGCCUGCGCCACCCGGCACGACGACGGAAGACCCCCAGCCGCCGCCCAAGAAGGCGAAAGUUCCGAAGCCGGAGGGAUCCGACAUGGAGUUGAUCUGCAGUGGAGAGAACGUUGGACUUUUCGUGAAGUCGUGGGUGGCCGCGGCGAACACGGCCCAGGGGCAAGCCGUGAAAACGUGUGCAGAGUUGGAGGUCCUCGAGAGCCAGGAGGCUUUGAUGGGGAAGAUUAAGGACUGUGCCGAAGGCAUCGGGGCUUGUCGCAAGAAGCUCCAGCUCAUGGGGACAGAGCCAGUGGCCGCCGAUGUGCAAUCGGCCCUGCUGGAGGCUACCGUGUUUGUGGAGGGUUUCAAGAAGCAUCUUCGAGUGGCGAAUGAACACUCGGUUUUCACGUGGGCCGGGGAGCCAGCUCCGGACUUCUUCAAGAAGUGGCGUCUGCGGCCGUCGCAGAAGCAGGGGAUGCAAAUGUACCAGGUGGGCUGCGAGUUUGGGCGCAUCAGGGCGGGCACUGUCGACUGGCUGGACUGGUGGCAGAAGGCCAAGAGCGAGCCAUGGGGGAAUCAUCCGGUGCAGUCCUGGCCGGAGGAGGCCAGGCAAAAAGCGGUGGCCGUGUCGAUUCACGGCGAUGAGGGUACUGGGAAGAGGAGCAAAAGCAUCUUGAUCCUGUCGCUUUCGCCCUUGGCCAUCCACCGGGGCGACUCGAUGCUGCAGAAGUUCCCGUUCUGUGUGCCCUGGCCGGUUGUGCGAUCAGACAGAUUUGUCUACGACAACGGCCAGAAUAUCACGCUUCAGGCGCUACAGCGCUACUACGCCGAUUCCUUUCGGAUUUGUGGCGACCCCGCCAGCGAAGGCCAACACGGAUGGACCAUGCACCCUGUCAUAUCGAAGGGAGAUUGGAAGCACAAAAGGGAAUGGUUGGAACAAUGUAGAAGCUACGGGAACCUUGCUAGCAAUGCUCCUCGUGAGCAGAACGCCGGCAGAAUCUGCCCGAGAUGCUUGUGCGAUGGCAGCACACCUGGAAAGCAUUGGGCUGACAUGCGUGAGGGCUUCGAUAACCAGGCAGACUUGGAUGAAGCUUCGAAUGAUAGUAGCUAG